CGGAAACAGAGCUCGACCUUGAAGGUCCGAUUGAGUGACGUGGAAAGCUGGACCAAGAUUGCGACCAUUUAGAGUGUAACCAAUCUGAACAGGCUCGCAAUUGAAGUCCACAUAACAAGCAACAACGUCUCCUACGCCAAAGGGAACACCAUAAUUGGUGAAGGUACAACCAACGGCUUUUUUGCCCGUUCCUCCGUAACCAUAGGAGAAUGGAUCCUCCCCCAGUUGCAUGGAAGCCUCGUCGAUGGACCACCCUACUCGUAAAACGUGAGGAGUGGGUUCAUUUUCCAAAUGCUGUGCGUUACAAUUUCCGUCAAUGCGAACUUCGAAGCAAGCACGCCCACGACACACCCCAUAGGUGGCUCGGGCACCUGCCCACAUCAAGCCAAACCCUUCAUGGGACAUGGCCACAGCCGAGCAAUAAUCAUUUUUAUCGAUGAUUAAAUUCAGAUAUUGAAACACUUACACCAAUCCAAAAUAACGAGGCUGUCAUCGUAGUUGGGCUCGUCUUCAUUGGGCAAAGCCGGUUGCCUGGGUUUCCUUUCCUCGGCCACCAAAUCUUGCGAAGGAAUAGGACGCGGUAAAUCUGCCUGAGGCAAAAUGGCAGCGGGACCGACCGCCUUUGAGGUGCUCGGAAAUGUCUCAUAAUUCGGAUGAGCAACCUAUUCGGAAAAAGAGAGCGGACCGUGCGUUUUAAAGUCACCGUUGUUUAAUCAAUAUAAUGAUUGUUGUCAAGUUCCUGAGACUGAAUGAAUGGAAGGCUAAAAUGCCAACCACGAUCAAGCAAGCAUUGAAAAAAUGGGAGGAGGCUACCCAAAGAAAAGCAGCUGAAUCGAAGGAGAUCAAACUGAUUGGAGUGUCCCCGCCUAUCGAGAAAAUGGAGGGACCGUUCCAUUUGUUAGCGAACUUGGAAAAGUUCUCCCUCUCCACGAACAUGAUCUCGUCUAUUACCAACUUGCAGUCGUUCAAGAACUUGAAGGUUCUCAGUUUGGGUCGAAAUGUCUUGAAAUCCCUGCAAGGAAUUGAGGCUGCCGCCGAUACGUUGGAGCAACUGUGGAUCUCCUACAACCAAAUCGACAAGCUCAAACCUCUGAGGAAUCUGCUCAAGUUGAAAAUUUUGUAUAUGGCGCACAAUUUCGUUCGAGAAUGGAGGGAAUUCGAGCACAUGGCAGAACUUCCGGUUCUCGAGGAUCUCGUAUUCAUUGGCAAUCCUUUGGAAGAAGAAGUAUCUCCAACUGGUAAAUACACGGACGAAGUGGUAAAACGCUUGCUCUACUUGAAGAAGCUGGAUGGAUUUCCGGUGAUCCGAGAAGUGGAAGAGGAAGAAACAGAAGAGGUCUCGGGCACGAUGGACCUUCAAGAGAUUGACCGCAUGGCUAACAAUGCCGAUGAGGACGAUGCCGAGGAACCGGGCAAGCCACCCGAUGACGACGACGAAUAUGACGAUGAGGAGACGCGAGCUCCUUCCGAUACUGAAGCCGACUAAUAGCUCGGCAGCAAUAAUAAAACUAAUUAUAAUGGAAAACGAAUGCCUUACCUCCAGAGAUUGUUG